AUGGCCUCAAGAUUUACUUUUCCGCCUCAGAGGGAUCAAGGUAUUGGUUUUACCUUCCCAAUGACAAAUACAGCAGAAAAUGCAGACAACAACCAACAGAUAUCAAUAGACAUUGAUCCUUCAAGUCAGAACAAUCUAAUAAAGAUAGACGAAUCACCUCGUGAUACAUUUCCUCUGCAGCAAUCCGUCGCCAAUGCACCUAUUAUCGAUAUUCCAUCUCCUAUUGAUACUCCAGGAGGUGCUUCUUUGAAUGAUCAAUUACUCUUACAACAACAGCAACAACAAGUAACAGGAGAAUUUCGAGCCCCUAUACAAGCGUUUAUUGAGGAGCAAGGUGAUCAAAAGGAUAUUUCAACGAUAAUACCUGAACGAGAAAAGCAGCCAAGUAUGCAAGAGCCAACGCCCACAGAAAUUGCAGCAAAAUCUGUAGCAGAGGAUUACGUAACUAAUUUGAGGCAGCAAAUGGCUACAGAUUGGAAAAGCCCUUCCGAAUAUGCUCUUCAUAUACUUUUUACAAAAUUUAUUCGAUAUGCGGAGAACAAAUUAAAUAUGUGUUUGCAACAACUAGUCAUGGCGGAACCUCCAAUUGUAGAAAUUCUCGGGGAAGGAAUUGAUCCCAGCUUUGAUGAAAUUAUCAAAUCUCUAGGUCAUAUUGCGAAAAAAAAGCCGAAACCAGUCAUUGAUGCCAUGAUGUUUUGGAGGAAGACAAAAUCUGAAACGGCCAAUUCAGCCUCUGAAGAAGUGGAAAAGCUAUUGAAAGAUUAUGAGUUUGAAAAGGCACAUCCUUCUCAGGCACAUCCUUCUCAGGCACAUCCUUCUCAAGCACAAUUCCUGCUGAAUAGGCGGCUAUCAAGAUCCUCUAGCAAUACAACUUCGAAGUAUAAACAUAAUAACAGUACUAAUGGCCUUCCUAGUAUGAAAAGGCAUGCUUCUUCAUCCUUUAACAACAAGGUUCCCUUGCUCAAGGCCAGUAAUGGCAACAGUAGCGCCAUUUCAAGUCCAUCUAUAGCCAACUCACAAUUGAAAAGUUUAGAAAACGCAAUUGAAGUAGCAAAAGAGGAAGCUUUUCUAGCAGAUAGAAAAUCUCUGAUCAGUAUAUUCAUUCUUUGUAGAGUUCUAAAUGAAAUUGUCAAGCAAGCGCCCAGCAACGAAGAAGAAGAUUUAUCCGAUAAGCUAGAAGAGAUUGUUUUUACUCAGUUGAAAACCACUGAACCACUUUCUAUAUCAUCCAGUUUGAUCAAGUCUUCUAAUUGGAAUUCGUUUGCUGAGCUUCUGGGCUCUAUGUCUGAAAAGAAAUUUUUGUCAGUCAGUGAUCGAUUUAUAGCUGAUUUAGAAAAAAUCCCAGCGUAUAUACCCGCAGAGUUGGAACCAAGCACACAUUUGUUAAUUCUUGGUAUGAGGUAUCUAAAGUUGAGGCAUUAUCCGCUAGAGAAAUUUGAAGAAAGUGCAGAUUUUAUGAAAAGUUUAUCAAAGUUUUUUUCAAAAACUGAGAAUUUUCCAGUGUGUUUGGCGUAUGCUGAAGUUACUAACCAAUUAUUAUUGCCUUUGGCUGGUUCACUGACAGCAGAAGUUAACCAUCCCACGUGGGUAGAAGCAAUGUCUACUUUAUUGAAUACGGCCAAGCGGCUACAGGCCGAUAAUAAGUAUUGGAUAAGUGGUUUUAAACUAACAGUUUCUGUUUUAUGUACAUCACCGCCUAAUUUAUUUUCUAAACAGUGGCUAUCAUUGUUGGAGGCUAACGCAUCAAAAGUUAAGUCUAAAAGUUUAAAGGAAAGAAUUUUUUUUGCAGUUGGUUUAUCGAGAUUAGUUUGGGUUUAUCUUUAUAGAUGUCCAGAGACUUUAAAUAAUACUACCAGGACUCUUACCAAACUUUUACAGUUAUAUUUGAACACAAGGAAAAAGGAGAAUUGGAUAACCGGCGAUUUUGGACUUUUAAAUCCGUUGACAGACGCUCUCGUAUCAAUUGGGUUCUUACAUCCAAAUUUUUUGAUGGAACAGGCUCUAAUUCCUCUGAUACGACAAUCUUUUAACGGCUCUAAUUUGGAAAAUAUCAACUAUGAAAAACUAAUUCUGACUAUAAAUACAUACAAAGGUUUAUUGGUUACGAAAGAGAGGCCGAAGUUUCCUGAAGAUGAUAAUAGACUAUAUGAAUUAAAUUUAAACAACAUCACAUUGAACCAGGCUCAAGAAGCCUCCUCCAUAAACCACAAUGAAAUAUCGGAUUACUUUUACAGAUUAUUCCUUCUGUUGGAUUCGAGCAUUGGUUCUGAGGUUUGGUCCCCUGAAAAUCAACACCAAAAGCCGUCAUCAAACGCGUUCAGCCCUUUUAGCUUUAGCUUUUCCAAUGACAACGAUUCAAGCAAAAACAAUUCUCUUUAUGUUAUAUUGUUUGCUACUAUCAUUGAAGCAAUACCUUGUUGCCUCUCUAUUUCACGUGCUAUUCCUUACAAAUCUACAAUCGAGAUUUUAUCAAGGAACGCUGUUCAUUCAGAAGAAAUUAUUUCUUCUAGCAGUCAAAAUGCACUAAGGGCAUUAGCCUCUAAAAAAAAUCCAUAUACACUAAUCACUUGGUUUGCAAAAUAUUCCUUCGAUUUCGAUGAAAAGACACAGUCAAGCUACAAUAUGUCAUACUUAUCAUCAAAAGAGUAUAACAGGUUAUUAAUGCUUUAUGUGGAGCUUUUGGAGUGCUGGCUGGAAGAAUUUCAGUCAUCUAAUAAAGAAGAAAAUAAGAAAGAAACUGGUUUGGAUGGAAUUCGCUUGUUGCCAAUUGAUCCAGAACAAGAAGAAAGUAACGAAACAGAAAAAUUGGAAUGGAAGAAUACAGUAACAGUUAUUGAGGAAGUAGAAGGGAAUGGUCUCUUUUUCCUUUGUUCACAUGAUGCAAGGAUUCGUAGAUUAGGUAUUCAGAUAUUAAGGAUUAUAUUCAAGUUUGACGAGGCGAUGAUGGAAAAAACCGAAAAGCUAUCAAAUGGACAUUCGAGAUCAUCAUCCCAUUUCGCAGCUGAUCGUGGUACAAGACUUAUUGAUUUAUUGAAUGAGUGUAAUACUACUACUCUAAUUAAUCCACAUAAAGCAACAUUAAGUGCAGUUGAAAAAACAAGGUUUAGUCGACUGAAUUCUAAGUAUAAGAGGGGAUUACUCAUUAAACUCGCUGAAUCGGAGUACGGGGUGGAUGCUGCUUUAUGGCAAAGGGCUUUUCCCAAAUUAUUGGCUUUGGUUUUCAAAACUUGUCCUAUGGCAAUGGCAUUAUGUCGAUCUAUUGUUUGUAUAAGACUGGUGCAAGUACACGAGAUAAUUUUGCAGGUAGCAAAUGAUAUUGAUUUCAAGCCCAAAAAUGUUUUACCAGAAACGAUCGUCAACCAAUGGAAGCUAUAUUUGAUUGCUGCAUGUACCUCAUUAACGUCCACUUUUGACCAAAAACUGCACAUUCCAUCUAAAAUUCCUCAGCAUGGUAGGAAAAAGAGUCAACAAAUCUUCACCGUUCAGCAUCAGAAGAUUAAAUCUGCGAAAUCAAUCUUUAAGAUGGUUCUUCCUUUAUUAAAUGCAAAAUAUAUUAUGAUUAGGGAUGCCAUAAUAACAGGACUAAGCUCAAUGAAUAUCAACAUUUUCAAAGCUUACGUGGAGGCCAUUGACGUAUUUUUAGUGGCAUGGAAGGAAGGAAGUUCCAACAACCAAAUCAGAGUGGAAAUGUUUCAUAUUUUGACUAUUUUAUCGCCAUACUUAAAAGCGGAUAUGAUAUUUAAUGAUGAAUGGAUACUUCGAAAAUUAUCAGAAUUUUUGCAGAAAACAAAACAGUUUCUUGAGAAGGACUCAGUACAAAUCUCCUACGAAUAUCAAUCACUGCGAAGCUACUUUGCAGGCCUUAUAUUGAGUUAUUAUAUGGCAGUAAGAGAACAUCCACUCAUCGAUGAAUUAUUUCCAUUCCAAGCCCGUGCAUCAUGCUUUAAUUAUUUAAAAGAAUGGUGUGGCUAUGGUGAGUAUGAACCUAUAUCAGAAGAAAGAUAUGCUAUAAUGAUCAAAAAUACGGAAAGUAGUAGAGAUAGAACUGCUAUUACUACUGGGAUAGAGUUCCAGAAAAACAGGCUACAGAUGAUCGUAUUAGAAACUAUGGUUGUUUUAUGUUCUGAUCCAAUAACGCAAACGUUGGAUGAUAAUUUAGAGUUACCCAUUGUAAUUUCUUUCGAUACCGAAGAUUUACUUUCUUGGAUUGAAGCACUAUUCGACUCCGACAACACUACCGUAAAAAAUCUUGGAGUGCGUGCUUUGGAAAACCUUUUGGAGAAAAAUAGGGAAAACUAUAAACUAUUCAGAGACGUUGCGUUUCAAUGUGUUUCACACCAUUCGCAUCCUUCGGUAGCUGUAUUAUACUACACUACACUUUGUAAAUCCGUUUUGAAAUUGGAUAACUUGGUUUUAGACGAAGAUGAACUAGUUUCCUUGGGUUUAUAUGGACUAGUGGCAGAUAGGGAGGAUACUAGAACGUUUGCUGUUGAUCUGCUUUCAGCCGUUGAAACCAAGUUGCAUAAUUCCUCUUAUACCAAGGUAUUUAAGGAGAGACUUGCAAACUCUUCAAAGACUGUUUACAAAUCUACUGCAAAGGAAAUUUCUAGCAUAUUCGCCGAAUUGCUUUCCCAAGAUUUGUGCUUGAGAAUAUUCUCCAGUUUGGUUAGAAUACUUGAUUUGUUUCCCUUCGAAAUAAAAAGGGAUUUAUUGGUGCUUAUGGUACCUUGGGUAAACAAAUUCACAUUGAAGUCUUCAGAAGAGAUGGACACCUUUAUGGUCCUGAAUAAUCUGUUUUAUAUUACCAUUGAUCUCAACGACUCUUUGCCGAACGAAGUGGAGCAGCUAUGGAUUUCCUUAGGUAAGGGCAAUUCUUUCCAAAACAUUCAUGUAUCACUGGAGUACAUCAUAAAUUCUUCAAUGAAUCAUUGCAAUCCAUUCUUUGUUCAGUAUGCAAGAGAUAUUGUGUUAUAUUUGGCCAAUAUUCCCGGUGGCAUUGGGCUACUUGAUACUCUAUUGAAUAACUUAGAACCCAGGUGCAUGGUUCCUUUAGCGAAGCAUACAUUUUCUGAGCCAGUAAACAAUAAUAAGUAUUCCUUUCUAGGAAAUAUCUGGGAACGUCUGAAUUAUAAUGGAAAAAAGGUUAUUUUUUCGAAGGCUCAACUUUCGAUCAUCUUUUUAGUGAAUUUGUUAACGAACUUGAGUGAAUCUGUAAAAGCAAAAAUUCCGUUACUAUUACAUAUGUCCAUUUGCUUGCUGGACCAUUAUGUUCCGCUUAUUCAUGAGAGUGCCUGUAAGAUCGCCUCUACAUUAAUUUUUGGGUUGGCGCCAAGUAACGAAAAGUCUGAGGAAACUGUAAAAUUGUUAAGAAAUAAGCACGCUCUGUGGUCAUAUGACAACUUGAUGAAAAAAGGCGCUAGAUCUCCAAAAACCAUGGAUUUACUAAUAAGGAAUAUUAUCUCUAUAUUCUCAGAUCUAGAUGAAUUCCAAGUAACUUGGCAAAGAAUAGCUUUGAAGUGGGCCACUACUUGCUCAGUAAGGCAUAUAGCGUGUAGAUCAUUCCAGGUGUUCAGAUCGUUGUUAACAUUUUUGGAUCAAGAAAUGUUGCGUGAUAUGCUUCAUAGACUCUCGAAUACUAUAUCGGAUGGAAAUGUAGACAUUCAAGGAUUUGCCAUGCAGAUCUUAAUGACUUUGAAUGCAAUCAUGGCCGAACUUGAUCCAACCAAUUUGAUCAGUUUCCCACAAUUAUUCUGGUCCAUUACGGCAUGUUUGAGCAGUAUACAUGAACAAGAAUUUGUUGAAGUAUUAUCAUGUUUAAGCAAGUUCAUUUCAAAGAUCGAUUUAGAUUCUCCAGAUACUGUUCAGUGUUUAGUUGCCAUUUUUCCCUCAAAUUGGGAAGGUCGCUUCGAUGGUUUACAGCAAAUAGUCAUGACUGGAUUGAGAUCUUCGGAUUCCUUAGAGAUUACAUGGAAAUUUCUAGAUAAGUUGAAUUUGUUGAAAGAUAGCCGGAUUAUAGCAAAUACAGACUCUAGGCUACUUUUUGCAUUAAUAGCGAACCUCCCAAGAUUUUUGAAUGCAAUGGAUCGCAAAGAUUUUACGGGCAUCCAGGUUGCUGCAGACUCAUUAAUUGAGCUAGCAAAUGCAUACAAACAACCUUCACUCUCCCGAUUAAUAGAUUCUAUGGCAAAGAACAAAUUCAGGUCAAAGAAAGAUUUCAUGAGUCAAGUAGUUAGUUUUAUAUCCAGAAACUACUUUCCCUCUUAUUCUGCUCAAACGUUGGUAUUUUUACUCGGGCUUUUGUUCAAUAAGAUUGGAUGGAUCAAAGUUCAAACUCUAGAGAUUUUAAAGUAUGUUUUCCCUUUAAUUGAUUUGAGAAGGCCAGAGUUCAUUGGAGUUGGGGCUGAUUUGAUAUCUCCGUUGCUAAGAUUGCUAUUUACUGAAUAUGAAGCAAAAGCUCUAGAAGUCUUGGAUUGUGUGCCUAAUGUUUCUGGGAGUAAGAUGGAUAAGGAUGUCCUAAGGAUAACUAUGGGAAAUAAAGAUGUGAAAGACAGUGAUAAUGCUACCACCACUUUGUUUGGUCUGCCUGAAGAUAGCGGUUGGUCCGUUCCUAUGCCAACAAUGACUGCGGCUACGACAAGACAUAAUGUUCAUGCAGUGUUUAUGACCUGUGGUACAAGCAAAUCUGACGAAAUCUCUGCACACGGAUCGGAUGAUUUGGAUGCAGUUAUCGAGUUUCAUGCGGAUGGUGAGUACGAACUUGGCAGGAUGGAUACAAUUGUGGAGUUCCACGCGGAUGGUGAUUACGAUCUCGGUAGAAUGGAUACAAAUGAUUCAAUUUCUGUUGUAGAAGAAAAGGACGCUUCGUUAAGUCACAUGUGGGCGGAAUUGGAUAACCUCGAUAGUUUUUUCACGAAGGAUACAAAUGUGCCGAAUAUCUCUUCAAAAAUGGGCAUGGGAAUUCCACAUGGACGUUCUGAUUCAAUUGAAACCACUCGAACUGAUCAAACAUUCUCUUUCGAGUCUGCCCCUCAGUUGUAUGAUAAAAAGGUCUCAGUUAUAUUGAAUAGAAGCCUAUCUAGAACACCAUCUAAUGUCUCAUUUAAGACCCAUCUGGCUGAUUCAUUUGCUGUAAAAAUAAACAGGAACGGAAAGCCAAGAAUAUAA